GGAGAGAGAAACAGGCAGAGAGAAGAGUUGUGGAGCAAUACUUUAGGAAAAUGCCUUUUGUUUGCCAUUGUGGGACCUGGAUAAACACAGUUGGAUAUGGACAAAUACUGAUUUUUAUACGUGAAGACUCGGUGGACCAUAAGCCAACGACCUCCGCGCAGUCUCAAGGGUGAGGUGCAGCCAGCUUCAGCCUCCUUUCCAGUUGCACAGAUGGAUUUCCCCUUGGGGAUCAAUAAAAUGUAUCAUCUUAUUCCAUCUCAUCUCACCUGAUCUCAUCUCAUCACCAUGUCGACCAUGGCCUCAAAACAGGAGGAUAUUAAUAACACUAAUGGCAGAUGGAGGUCAUGAGUAUGCCUACAGCUCCGCUCUAAAAUGUACCUGCAAAACUGAGCAACACCGCCCCUCGAUGGACGGACUUGUAACUGAGCACUACCCGGCAAAACACACUGGAAAGGCUCUUCUCGGCCACCGUACAUUCGCGGAACGUGUCAAAACAUUACUAAGCCAGAAUUUGAGCAUGGAAGACGAAUGGGAAGAGGAGGAGCAGAUUGUUGUGGUGGAGCUCUCUGGUAUAAUCAACAAUGACUUUCUGACCAAGAGUGGGGGCACAUGCAAGAUACUGGACAUUGACAGCGACAGACCCAUGAUGCAAGUUGGACCGUAUGUCUUUGCAGGAGAAUAUGAAGAUGCUUUGGGAACUUGUGUGCUGUUUGAGGAGACACCAGGAAAAGGAAAAGGAGUUAGUGGUCAAGAUCUCAAGUACUUAUGCCACACAGCGAAGAAACUGAAAAUGCAACGAAUCUUUCUCACAGAGAAGAAAGAGGGUGAAACAAGCACAGCAGGAAGCUGUGAUGGUGGGGAACAGAUGGACACAACCUGUGAGUCCAGUCAAGGAGAAAAUGUUAACCAACGCGACAAGACAGAAGAAGAUGGGGACAAUGCAGAUUUGGAUAACUCAGCAGUUGGCUGAGAUAUAGAGACUUUGUUGUGUUAUAAGCUCCCAUUGUGAAAACACUUACAUUUUUAUGGCUCUAAGAGACUCUGUAAGAAAAACAAACUCAUGCCAGUUAGACUACACUUCAGAGCUAACGAGGAGACGUGUUUGAAUUACUGUUAUUUUUACACAAUGUGUAUGUUGCCUUGUUUAUACUGAGCCUCUAUGUCGGCAAACAUCAAGCAUAAGUUGUUAAAUAUUUUAUGCACAACAUGAAUGUAGUUAAAUUACACCCAAAUAAAAAACUGAUUUUUUCA